CUUGGGAGUUGUACCCGUGCUUGAACAGCUUGGAAAGAGAGCUUAUAAGAGCUAGGGGAUCUGCAAACGGACUGUUGGGCAGCCAUUAGAGCGCGCAACGAACGACACCCAGGAGCCGCAAUUCUACUUCGAUAACACGCGCUAUUGUUGCUUGGACUGGGAAUAUUGUCAAGAUGGCUGCAUCCGCGACGACGGGGGGUUCGUACGUGUACGAACGGCGCAUCGCCCGCAUCCACCGCUACCACUGGCCCGCCAUACAACUUAACGUCUGGAUGCUAGUCAUGCUCGCAGCAUCGUUCCUCAUCAUUGGUGUUUUCGGCUCGUUCAUCGACAUACAGCAGCAGUUGGACCUCUUCGUGCCUUGGUAUUUCGCCUACUACAUCACAGUCGCCGGAUUAACCGUAGGCUUCAUCGUCCUAUUACUCUGGUUAAUAGCGCAGCGGCGCUUAUUACCUGCCAUCGUCAUCAUCGGCGCCUUCGUGCUCUUCGUGCUGUGGCUCGUGGGGCUGAUCGUGAUCAGCAUCGAGCUCUGGGGCCCCGCGGGCUCCGUCAGCGCGAAUUGCGAGAACUUGGUCUGGAACAAUGUCCAGACUGGCAAUAACGAGGCUACGCUGGCGUGGUUGGAGCAAAGGUCGAUAUGUCAGCAGUGGCAGUCCGUCUUCGCCUUUGGUGUAAUAGGGAAUAUUUUCUUGCUUUGGAUCAUCGUGAUGGCCGUCCAAGUCUUUUACGACGACACGUAGCGGAUCCGUGCCACUAUGGCACAUAGUCGGCCUACGAUUUUCACACCCAAUUUUGGAUUUUUUGGGUUAAUUACUCCGUUUGCUUCUUAUUGGAAGGUGUAUGCCAUGUAUGAUUUGGAACGACCUGAAUUUCUGCAUCUCGGUUACACUACGGGCAUAUUCUGGCGUUGGGUGUUAUACGGGUCGAGCGGCGGUACAACUUUUACAAUGUGGAUUUCUGGUUUAUUUGGGGAAGAUGGGGACAUUGAGAUACCAACAGGCU